AUGCACACCAGCGAAUACGACUAUCUUUUCAAGCUUCUCCUCAUCGGUGACUCUGGUGUCGGAAAGUCUUGUCUUCUCCUCCGUUUCGCGGACGACACGUACACUGAGAGUUAUAUCAGUACUAUUGGUGUUGACUUUAAGAUUCGCACUAUUGAACUCGAAGGCAAGACUGUCAAGUUGCAAAUUUGGGACACCGCAGAAGGUCAAGAACGAUUCCGCACCAUAACGUCCUCGUACUACAGAGGGGCUCAUGGUAUCAUCGUUGUGUACGACGUUACUGAUAACGAAACUUUCACGAACGUCAAGCAAUGGCUACAGGAGAUAGACCGUUACGCCUCUGAGGGCGUCAAUAAGCUGCUAGUUGGGAAUAAGAGCGAUCUCACCAGCAAGAAGGUGGUAGAGUACAGCGUGGCGAAGGCAUGUAUUUACUUAGAAUAUUUCGAAUUUGCCGAUCAGCUCAGCAUUCCUUUCCUGGAGACGUCUGCAAAGAAUGCGACAAAUGUUGAGCAAGCAUUUUUGACGAUGGCGAAACAGAUCAAGGAUAGGAUGGGAUCGACCUCGACGCCUGCUGGUGGCGCCAAAUCGUCAACAGUUACACCAGGACAAUCUGUUCAGCAACAACAGUCGAGCCCUUGCUGCUGA